AUGAUCAACAACAUCCUUCAAAGAAAUGGGACUGUCUUAUAUUUCUUCUUGAGCUAAACUGCACAUUUUAAUAUGGAUCUCCAGUAGUAUUUUUGUGAAUGGUUGGCCGGCGUGACGCUUACGUUUAGCUUAAAUCCAGCAACUUAAAUCCAGCAAGUGCAGCCUGAAAAUGUUAUAUUUAAACGUUCGCGUCGCCCCUGACCAACAUUGUAUCUUAAUGAACAUACAGAGGACUUAUAUCAGACGACAACAAAUAACAGUACAGGUCCAACACGCUUCUGGAUAAUAUGUAACAUGUUUUUCUUCUUAUGGAGCCCUGUGAGACCACAGAGAGCAGCGUACGGAGCGCUGAGGGCACACAUGUGGCUAAUUAGCUGCUACGUUAGUCAUCAAAAUACCCCCUAAUGUUUUGCCUGAAAAGGGCAUGACGCCAUACCUGUAUCAUAGUUGUAUUAUAUAAAGCAACACGAGUCGUACAUGACAACGUCAAAUUGCUGAAACAUUCCAAACACAUUGUAUAUUUAACGUUAGCUUAUACAGCUAAAAUGUACGCUAUCUGGAACGUGACAUGAGGGGGCGGGGCAAUCCGUGGACACCGAGUGGACUGAUUGCUUGUUUGCUGCCGGGCUGCUGAUAAGAAGUUGAUGCAGUGAAUUAGAUGUGCAACCCUACGUUUCGACGGUGCAACAUCAGACUGGGAUGGUAUCAUGGAGAGGGACAAUCAUCAAGAAGGAGAGGCACAGGGAGUGAAUAUUUGUGAUCCACCCUGUGAGGGCAAUCCACCUGCUGACACCUUGGCGACAUCUCUCUCCCUCCUGGGGAAUCACAUGUUUCCUUAUCCGGUGGAGAGAAACGACAGCACCACUGUUAACAAACAGGAGCCUGCAGAUUCAACCCUCUCAGAUGUUACAGCAGAGGAGAAGAGUCUGGAUGCAGAGCACCUGUCUAACCAGGUAACACAGCUGGAGAUUGAGGAGACAGAGAACUCUGAGUGUCAGAACAAUGUGUCUUCCCCGACGCUUGACAAAGAAACCGAGGAUGCUGCCACUGACAAUGACCGCAGCGACUCUGGGGAGUUUGUUGUUACAAUGCUGGCGAAGGCCAAGCUGGAGGAGCAAGGAAUAGGUGUGAAGGGAAGGUCAUCUCCCUUGUUGGAGGUGGGCACCCAGGAAACUCCUGCUUUUAUAUCUCACCGUGAUGAGGAUGUGACAGCUGAAAGCUGGCGGCAGCACAGGAAGCAUGUUUUUGUGUUGAGUGAAGCAGGCAAACCCAUCUAUUCCCGAUAUGGCAGUGAAGAAGCUCUUUCAUCUACAAUGGGAGUCAUGAUGGCACUGGUUUCCUUUGUUCAAAGUGGAGAUAACAUCAUCCGCUCAGUCUAUUCAGAGGAGCACAUCGUGGUGUUCUUACAGAAAGGGCCCCUAGUGCUGGUGUGUGUCUCUAGCAGUCGUCAGACUGAGCAGCAGCUCCGUGGAGAGCUCCUCUAUGUGUACUACCAGAUCAUCAGCAUGCUGACCCAGGCCAGCAUCUCCCGCAUCUUUGAACACAAGAAAAACUACGACCUGAGGAGACUCCUGGCGGGCUCAGAGAAGAUCCUGGACGGUCUUCUCAACCUUUUGGAUUCUGACCCCAGCUUCCUGCUAGCAGCAGUGCACUGCUUGCCCUUGGCUUGCUCUCUCAGGGACUCUCUCAGCCAGAUCCUGCAGAAAGCAAUCACCCCCAAUCUGGUUUUCUCCAUCCUCAUUGCCAGGAACCAGCUGCUCACCAUUGUCCAAGAAAAGACAGUCAUCGAGGAUGCCAGGCUGGAGCCCGCUGAUGUCCACCUCCUGCUCAACCUAAUCGGAGCUUCCUCUGCCUUUCAGGCUGGAGAGAUUUGGACUCCCAUCUGCCUCCCCCUCUUUAAUCCUGACUGUUACUUUUAUGCAUACAUUUCUUACCUGGACCCUCCAGAAUGCACUGUUUGCUUGCUGCUGCUCUCGACAGACAAGGAGGCUUUCUACGCUGUGGCCGAGUGCAAGAGGAAGAUAGAGGAGGCCAUGAUGGCUCAGAACUCCCUAAGCCUCAUCGCCAAAGUCCAGUCAUACAGCGUGAGCCAGGUGGGCGUCUCAGACCUCAGACACUUCAUGUACAAGCCCUUUGAUGUGCCAGACAACUACCGUCAGCUAACUCAGUUCACCAGCCCAGAGAUGGAGGCUCCAUACAGCAGUGAAGAGGAAAAAAUGAGACUGCUGGACCUUUAUCGUUAUAUGCACAACCGCAUCCACAGCACCUCAAGACCCCUCAAGCUCAUCUACCACGUCGCUGAGAGGGAAACUCUGCUGGCCUGGGUCACAAGUAAGUUUGAGCUGUACACCUGCUUCAGUCCUCUGGUGACGAAGGCCUGUGCUAUUACUGCUAUCACUAAGCUUCUACGGUGGAUUAAAAAGGAGGAGGACCGUUUAUUCAUCAGAUAUCCCCCAAAGUAUUCAACCACCCCAAACCCAAGCAAGAGCUCUCGAGGCGGGAAAUCUGACCAGCAAGACUCCACAGAUAACGGCUUCUUAUCUCUUCUAUAGGACUCCCUUAGCGCUCAGCUUCAUUCAACAAUAGUUUUUACACUGGUUCCAAAAUAUUUUUCAACCCCCUUUUGACUCUUGUUGGACUUGACAGACAUUGACUACUGGAAUCCCUACAACACUACAACAGUUUUACACUAUUUAAGAAGGAAUGAACUCUUUAAAACUGGUAUUAUUUCCUUACCUUAGCUAGAAAGCAUGUCAUUGGAUCACUGCUUUCGAUCAGAAACAGUCAGGACAGCGUUAGUACGUUUUAAAUCAAACUGUGGUAGAAAAUAAUUGCAAUGGUAUUUAAUUGUAUGUUUUUAUAUUGUUUUAUUACUGUAACAAGAAGGAGGAUUUUCUCACAGACAGUGAAUGUAUCACAGAGAUGACAGUUCAUUGAUAUGCUAUAACUAUUCAUGGCAGUAAAUUAAGAUGAGGUGUGAAAUGACCUUUCUCAGAUUAGUUCUUAGAUUUCUUUCAUGGAACAAAAACAUCCCGCUGUUACAAAACAGAACAUGCAAGAAAUGAAUGUAUGUUGAGUUUAUGUGCUUAACAUGAACUGGAAUAACAACUGGAAGUGCCAGAACAGGGAUGGGCCGUCACACAGGGCCAUGAACCGGCCUCUAUGGAUGUGGUGGCACAUCCCUGGGACAGAACUUGAACACUUGCCGUUUCAUAUCCCACUGAUGUUUCUUUAUCAAAUUUAAAUGAUCAGGUUUCAUUCAUGUUACAUUUUGUGCAGAAAAGAAAUAGGAAAUCCCAGCGUGUUACACCUGAUCUCUUUACACGAUCGUCAUUCUUCGUGUUUUCAUCGUCAUCCAGUUAAGCUAAGAAGACGCCACUGAGCUCACGCAGUGUUUAUCUGCAGGCACUUCUAGUACGAUUAUCAGUCGACACUUGAUGUAGUGACUUCAGGCGACUUAUCCUUUUGGAUAAUAGUUUUGUAAUAAUUGUCUAUAAACAGUAGCCUCAUCCUUGUGUCCUUUUGGGGAAUUCUUCUGUCAAUUAAAGUCUUAAGAGUAUGUCUAUAGUAUUAUGAAAUAAAUCCCAGGUUGCACAAAUCUACACUUCUUCUGAUUAAUUAGAGAUGUUGAUGGGAAUGAACUUCAUUUAUAACCGAGCAGAACAUUUUCUGGAUCUGGCAUUUUUGAAAUAUUUUCCUAUGAGUUUCUUGGGCUAUUUAAUUUGGUACUAAUUAUGAAUAAAUGAAAAGCAGACAGUUGGUAGACCGCCAGUUAAUUGCUUGAGUCUUUUUUUCUUCUUAAGUGCAUGGCAGGUGAGCUUUGGAUGCAAUUAUGGGAAAUGUAUUUAAAAAGGUGAGCAUUCAGUUCUACAAAUAUGAAGAAUAAAGUUUCCAACAGCAAAUGA